AUGUCUGAUAGUGUCGAUAUUGAAGAGAAACCACCUGCCCCUCCCUUGAGAAUGAACAGUAGUUCCAGAGACUCUUCAUCUGUGAAUCCCGCCUCUAAACCGCUUCCAAUGGCUCCUGAAGAGAAAAUUAAGAAAGUGCGUCUGCGUUCCAUCUUCCAAGGAGGAGAUAAGACAAACAAGAAGAAAGAGAAGGAGCGUCCUGAGAUAUCGCUUCCUUCUGACUUUGAACACACCAUCCAUGUUGGCUUUGAUGCAGUAACAGGAGAAUUCACUCAUUCACUUGUUAUAAGUACACCUUCAAAGUGUGGAGUUUUUUUAUCCCACUUCUCAAUCUUUCAGGGCAUUCCAGAGCAGUGGGCACGCCUCCUCCAGACCUCCAACAUCACCAAGCUUGAGCAGAAGAAGAACCCCCAAGCUGUGUUAGAUGUCCUCAAGUUCUACGACUCCAAAGAGACGGUCAACAACCAGAAGUACAUGAGCUUCACCUCAGGAGACAAAUCAGCCCACGGUUACAUAGCAGCAAACACUCUGGUGAGUGCCAAAACAUCGACAUCUGAACCUCCGAUUGCUCCACCUGUGUCAGAAGAGGAGGAUGAGGAAGAGGAGGAAGAAGAAGAGGAUGAGGAAGAAGAGGAGGAGGACGAUGACGACGAACUACCCCCUGUCAUCGCGCCUCGACCCGAGCACACCAAAUCAAUUUACACUCGCUCAGUCAUGGACCCGCCUAAGCCUCCGACUCCUAUCAAAGAGGUUGUGACGCCACCAGUGUCCCAGGUCCAGCCGGACAACACAUCGAGCACAAUGUAUCGCCACACUGACCGCCAGAGGAAAAAGUCUAAAAUGACAGAUGAGGAGAUCCUGGAGAGACUCAGGAGUAUCGUGAGUGUGGGGGAUCCCAAAAAGAAGUACACACGCUUUGAGAAAAUAGGACAAGGAGCUUCUGGCACGGUGUAUACCGCCAUCGACGUAGCAACCGGCCAAGAGGUGGCCAUCAAGCAGAUGAACCUACAGCAGCAACCCAAGAAGGAGCUGAUUAUCAAUGAGAUCUUGGUGAUGAGGGAAAACAAAAACUCAAAUAUAGUCAACUACCUGGACAGUUACUUGGUAGGAGACGAGCUUUGGGUAGUGAUGGAGUAUUUAGCCGGUGGCUCUUUGACCGAUGUCGUGACUGAGACCUGCAUGGACGAGGGCCAGAUUGCAGCAGUUUGCAGAGAGUGUCUACAAGCAUUGGAUUUCCUGCACUCCAACCAAGUGAUCCACAGAGACAUAAAAAGUGACAACAUCCUUUUGGGAAUGGAUGGAUCCGUCAAACUCACCGAUUUUGGAUUCUGCGCCCAGAUAACUCCAGAGCAAAAUAAGCGCAGCACAAUGGUGGGAACACCCUACUGGAUGGCACCAGAAGUGGUGACCCGUAAGGCUUACGGGCCAAAGGUGGACAUCUGGUCUCUGGGAAUCAUGGCCAUUGAAAUGGUUGAAGGAGAACCUCCAUAUCUGAAUGAGAAUCCUCUCAGGGCCUUGUACCUGAUUGCCACCAAUGGAACGCCGGAGCUCCAGAACCCAGAGAGAUUGUCGUCCAUUUUCAGAGACUUCCUCAAUCGCUGCCUCGAGAUGGAUGUGGACCGCAGAGGUUCUGCUAAAGAGCUGCUUCAGCAUUCGUUCCUCAAACUGGCCAAGCCUUUGUCCAGCCUGACGCCUCUGAUUGUAGCUGCCAAGGAAGCCAUAAAGAACAGCAGUCGCUAG